AUGCCACAAGGAGCUCAUGGGUGGGGAGGAGGCAGUACUUCAGUCGUUGGCAGGUACGGCAAGAAAAACGCCACGUACGCGUUGACUACUUUGUAUUUAGUGCUGCUAGUAUGCUUCCUACGCUUACCGUGUAAAGCCGUAGCGGAACUCCGUUCAAGCAGUGAUGUUGGCAAAGACUUUCCCGCGAGUCCACAGCAGCAGGCGUUGUACUCUACACUGCCAGCGGUGGGGAGUAGAUGGCAAGAGCCGGUUUCAACCGAACAUAAGGCCCCGAAAUCGACCCCGUUGCAUCUCCAACCCGGGCCAGAGCGGAAACCCGGUGAAGCAGAACGCAAUAUUUCUAAUGACGAAGGCAAAACAAAUGACGACAAACAGAAGGCUGAACUAUUCGUAAGAGCACGUCAAAUUCAGUUCUAUCCAGAGGGGACGAAGUGGGUUGAGCUGAAAAUUGAGGUGUUGGGGUCAGAUGGGAAAAUUAACAAGCAAUACAACGGUGGCAUAGCUGCCUCCCUCAUUCUAGCAAAUUCAGACAAAACUCCGACAAAAUCUCAAAAGGAGCCUCUGACAAACCGAAAAGGGAUCACGUCUGAUAGGGCAGUCAGCAUAGCGUCAAGUGUUGCGACUGACGGAGUUGCCAUUUUGCGCUUCAGUCCUCCCACUGAUGGCACCUACCGGUUUAGCAUCACCUGUGGGGGUUGCAACCAUAAACUAAAUACCGGCAAGCACUACUUUUCAGCUGGGACGAAUGCAGUCCUAAAAGUUGUGUCACAGCCCUCAGGCGCAAGCAGUGGAGCACUCUUGGAAUACCAGCCAGCUGUACAGCUGGAAGACCGAUAUGGGAGGCCGCUGCACGUGAAGAACACUGUUGUGGCCAGCAUCCUCCCCAUAGACCCUCACCAAAGCGAACGGGUGCCCUUGGCUUCUUGGACGCUGGAAACAGAUGAGCAUGGAUACGCGAAAGCUACUGAAAUACGCGUGACGAAGGCAGGCCAGCAUGUAAUCCAGUUUGUGACCACCCUGUGGAACGACACACGCCUUGAAGUGUCCUCGGAUUCUUUUGAAGUGGUUCCUGGACCCGCCACUGCAGCCGUUUUCUCCUUAAACCCUCCUUCAAGGGUGCUGCUUCGUGAACCGUUUAGCGUUGUGGCGUUUCUUGUAGAUUCAUAUGGCAACGAGACAACGACUCCCCCUGAAUUGCAGAGGAAAGGCAAUCCCGUGGAAGUGCACCUAAGCGCCUUCAACAAAGCUGGCCGAAAGGUCUCUCUGCACGGGCAUACUGCACAAGUGUGGGGAGGAGGGAAAGUCUCUUUUGAAGGCCUUUGGUUUUCCGAGCCUGACCAUAUCACACUGAAGGCAAGCCUCUGCAACGGCGUGUCGCACGAGGUUGCGCAGAAGGCACUAGACGACAUUUUAUGGAUUGUGCAGGACUUUUAA